GGGAGGGAAGGAGGAAGGGAGGCGUUAGAGGGAGAGAGGCAACGCCACCCCUGGGGCAAAGGGCGCAGUUUUCGUUUUAAGCAGAAUUUCAGUGGUCGGUUCCUGUUAUAAGCCGCAGAAGCCCUGGAUGGAGGUGACAAUGUUACCAGCGUUAAGGUAGUGGGGGGGAGAUACAAAGUGUCGUUUUAAAUUUAUUUUGGUGGCCAAUCCGGGCAUGGAGUGCGUUCAGGAAACAUCUCUACCAGUUGACCUGAUGUUACCCAUCGACUGUGACCCGGACAGUUCUUGCUGCUGUUGCUCCUGUUGCUCGCCCCCUGCUCAGUGCUAUGAUGGGUGUAGUGACUGCUGCACCCAGGUCAGGGGAAGGUCCAAGUCUCGGAGCCUUUCUACUUCCUCACCUCUGAUGGGUGCUAAAGUGUACAGGAGGACGAGUUCCAUGCACGGACCUUGCCCAGCGACGAAGUUCGGACCAAAGGCCUGCAUGCUGGAGAACCCCCGGGCUGUUAUGCACAUCCAAGACCCAGCCAGUCAGCGUCUGACCUGGAGCAAAGCUCCGAAGAGCGUCCUCGUCAUCAAAAAGAUCCAAGACGACCGACUGCUCCAGCCGUUCAAGGAACUCUGUAUCUUCCUCGUGGAGGUGAAAAACAUGAUUGUUUACGUGGAGAAGAAAGUCCUGGAGGAUUCCGCUCUGACCAACGACAGCUUUGAAUCCCUUAAAAAGAAAUUAUGCACUUUCCAAGAAGGCUAUGAUGAUCUGUCAGAUCGAAUAGACUUCAUCAUCUGUCUUGGAGGAGACGGAACAUUGCUUUAUGCCUCAUCAUUAUUCCAAGACAGUGUGCCCCCGGUGAUGGCCUUUCACUUGGGAUCUCUGGGGUUUCUGACACCGUUUAACUUCGAAACCUACCAAUCCCAAGUCACGCAAGUCAUUGAAGGUAACGUCGCCAUCAUCCUACGGAGCCGUCUGAAGGUGAAGGUGGUGAAGGAGAACAGACAGAAGAAGAACGGUGUGCAGGAGGACAGGUUGAUCGUGACAAAGCUGGGGGAGAACGAGACAGGGAGAGCGACGAAACAAUACCAGGUGCUGAAUGAAGUUGUGGUUGACCGAGGACCGUCUUCGUACCUCUCUAACGUGGAUUUGUUUUUGGACGGGAGACUCAUAACAACGGUGCAAGGAGAUGGGUUGAUCGUCUGCACGCCCACGGGGAGCACUGCUUACGCUGCCGCGGCGGGGGCCUCGAUGAUCCACCCCAAUGUCCCCGCCAUCAUGAUAACGCCAAUCUGCCCACAUUCCUUAUCCUUCAGACCAAUUGUUGUCCCGGCCGGAGUGGACCUCAAGAUCAUGCUGUCGCCCGAUGCCCGGAACACGGCCUGGCUCUCGUUCGACGGGAGAAAACGUCAGGAAAUCUGCCACGGGGACAGCAUCACCAUCACCACCUCCUGUUAUCCCGUCCCAUCCAUAUGCUUCAGGGACCCUGUGAACGACUGGUUCGAGAGCCUGGCUGAAUGUUUGCACUGGAACGUGAGGAAAAGGCAAAGUCACUUGACUGACGUUGAGGACUACUGAUCAAUGAGGGGGCGGAAGCAGUGUUUUUUGCCAGGCCAGAAUUCCCGCUCUUUAAUCCCAGCCUCAACAACCCACCUCCACCACCUCUUGACUCUACUGAACAUUCCUCAAUAUUGGAAGAACUGAUUGUUUUGCCUGCGUGCCUUGAAGUGUUAACAAAACUACCCCUCUUUUUCGUAAAUGUACAUUUUAACUGUCUUGCGUCGCGCGUUAAGAGUCCCAGACCCACGGGUACAUAUCCGAAACAUGUUACAGCGUUUGCUGCUAUGACCUUUAUUACGUUUUUAAAGCCAAGGUCAAGGCGAUAGCACUUGAAAUCGAGAGGUUUUCGUAUUCAGAAAACGCAGGUUUUUAAAUACUUAGCGUUCGGGUUUAUGUGUUUAUGAGCGUUAAUUCAAAAAUAUCAAAAUGGUUACUUUCAUUCCACC